UAGGUAGUCAGCCUACCAGUGGUCCAGUAUAAUAAGGUAGCCUUACUACGUAAGGAACGCAGGCAGCUGUCCCGUCAGCUUACCAUCAGCCACACUCUUCCCAUCUUAACAGUUUGUAUCUCACCUCAAUCUUCAGUUAUUCCUCUCCUACGUUCACCCGGUAUAUGUACACCCUAUACUGAGAGAGAUUAAUCCUCAGAAUGGACUCCGAGCCGUCCAUCGUCGCCAAACUAGACGCCGUCGUGGCGGAGCUACUGGCCGACUGGAACAUAACCUCGACUGUGAUUGCCGGUGGUAUUGUUGCCUUCCUCAUCUAUUCAUUUGUCACAUCGCAAGAUUCGGAUAUACAUCCCUUUCUCCUCGCCCGGCAAUCGAGCGCAUUCCCCGUCCGGCACCCAGGCCAAUCUGCUCCGUAUAGAAGUCUCGAGACCCCGCAUGGCUUUCCUCUGCGCACGGGUCUGAACGUCAAGGACCCCGGGGCUCCCAAAUGGACCAGUGGCCGGAAAGGUGACUUGCGUGAUGUCUGGAAGACUGCUGUCCGCGGGUCGGUGGAGGAGAACGGAGCUGUGACCGGCAAGCAGGGCAAGAUCUUUACCGUGCUGGGAAAGAAGGCGACUGAACACUCCUUGGAUCAAGUCACUCAGGAAAUCAAUGUCAUCGGGACCCGCCUACGGGAUUCCAAGGUCAAGACCGUGGCAGUCUGUUUGACGGAUUCGAUUGAGCUCCUGGCUGCUAUCUUCGCUGGAGCUUUCUAUAACUUCAAAAUUGUCAUCAUUCCCCACAACUUGAAAGCGGAAAUUCUGUCGGAGUUGCUGCAGAAGUCGCAAGCGGAUGCGUUGAUCGCCGAAGCUGGAUCUCUCGACUUGUCAUUCGUUGCCAAGGAUAACAAACAACUGUCGCAAGUGAUUUGGGUCGCCAAGCUCGGAAGCCGACACAUGGACUGGAAUGAUGUGCCCCAGGACGUGAAAGGGACGUUGGAAGUCACUGUUUGGCACGAGCUGGUGGAAGAGAAGAAAGAGCUGGCCUGGCUUGAAGUACCUGACUAUGAUCCGAGCACUCCGACUCCUUCUGUGACCACUGUUUGGCCGUCCAAGUCCUCUCAAGGCGACUUCAUUGAGUACCAGCCGGAGAACUUGGCCUCAGGAAUCGCCGGCUUGUUGUACUCUCUCCCCCGUCAACAGCGUUUCGGCCCCAACGACGUGGUUCUCUCCAUCGACUCCUUUUCUCGAUCGUACCCCCUGUGCCAGAUCAUGGCUGCGCUGUUUGCCAAUGCUUCCGUCGCCGUCAACUCCGUCGCCGGCGAAAGCGUGGACUUUGCUCUUGCGACUGUAGGAGUAUCUCCAACGGUCAUUGUUGCAUCGUCUCGCACCAUGUCCGAUUACCACACCAAGUUCAUGAAGCCUCACUCCGGGCCCGUGUCUUCCCUCGCGCGUUGGUUCCAGGUGCGAAGCCUGGAUGCUGGAUACAUGCCGUCCCACGGCCUACUGAGCCAGCUUGCCAACGUUGGGCCCAUGGCCGAGCUCUCUCUUGACAAACUGCGUCUACUGUGCAUCUCCCACCGGUUUGACGCCGAUCCCGAGGUCCGCCUGGACUUCGAGCAAUUGACGGACCUGCGUCUCUUCACGGGUGCGCGUAUCGUGUAUGCUUUGACUGGACCUGGAAUCGCCGGUGCCGUGUCGCAAACCAACAUCUUCGACUACAGACGCUUUGAGGGCGCCAGCCACUUUGGUGCCCCUCUCAGCAGCGUCGAGGUUGUUCUAACGGGUUUGUCGGAGGAUUCUCAGAAGGAAGAGGGUCAGAUUUCUGUAGCCGGCCCUUCAGUCGUCUCCGGUAAGACAGUGCUACCCGUGCAAGCUCGCUUGCGCGAUGACAACACGUUGGAGCUCUGCGCCUGAAUUACCUGCCAAGCGAAGGAUGAGCGUUCUUGCGUUAUGAAUUGAGGGGUUUGACUCUAUAUGCAUUGCACUUCCCCACCUUUCCCUGUGUAUUAUGUGUUCCAUCCUGCAUAGGCGACACAGAAUGACUCUUGCACCGGCAUCGUGAUGAACGCCUCAGAAUCUUAUGAGUAUAGCCUAGGCUUUCGUAUGUCGAUGAAUUGAAGAAAGG